GCCUUUGUUUCAGGGCAGUUUAAGUCUCAGUUGCUGCAAAGCGUCUUCUUUCAAAAAGGAAAAAGAAAAAACAGAGAGCUGCAAAGCGCAUAAACUACUGACAGCCUGACAUGUCGCGACGGUGCAGUUGCGGAUAGAUGCGGGCAUAUAUCCAUGGCAGCCAGGAUAUAUACAAAAUUCUCAAAGCCGCCUGAGUCCUGGCCGGUCGGACAUGCUCAAUCAGUGUGGCUAACUGGAAAGUUUCAAACUCUCCAGCAUCCGUUCUGGCUCUGCAUUUGUUAUAAGAAGCCUUUUUGCUGUGGCAGCUCAUUAGAACUAGCAGCAAAGCAGCUCGACCAAGUGCUUCGAGUCUUCGACGGGGCAGAAAAAAUCUCCUCCUCGAUCUGUGGUCGCUUGUGUAUCGGCGGUGCAGAGAUCGUUGCGAGAUGAGGAUGGAGGGGCUCAUCCCUUUCGUCUACGGCGCGAUCAAGAAGCGGAGGGCGACGAGGAGGACGAUGCACUACGACCUCGUCUCCUCCCCCGGCGCCUCUUCUCCUCAAACAACGGGGGUGCGGCCGGCGGAGCGGCGGCUCACCGGAGGCGCUAACUGUCACAAUCAGAGCCAGAGCUGCCGCUUCGUCGUCCCGCGUUCGCUGGCCGACGAGCUCCAUCUCUUGCGCGACGACGAAGGACGGGACCCGGCGGAGGGUCUCCCGCCGGUCGCCGACGGGCGCGGGUUGUCCAGGUCCAGUAGCAUGCGGGUGUUUGGACGCGUCAGUGGCGUGCCGGAAACUGUAAGUCUGUAAUUCUCUAGUUGAGCAGUAAAUAAAGUACUGCCAUUUUUCUA